UCUAACGAUAUGGUUACGCGUUUGGAUCUCAAUCUUUCCUCUAACUACCAUCGCCAUUACCAAUCUCUCUCUCUCUCCUCUGAUUCAGAUGCCAUUUGGGUCUAAUUCAUAGCCCUUCCUUUUCAUUUCCUCCUUUUCCCCCUCUGUUUUUCUCUGUUUUUUAGUGCUGCAGCCGACGGUUUUCCAAAACAGAGCAUCCACGAACUCAUCCAUGGCGGACGCCAAGAAGACUGUGGUUAUGAUGCUUAAAGUGGAUUUGCAGUGUGAUCGAUGCUACAAGAAAGUGAAAAAAGUUCUCUGCAAAUUUCCUCAAAUUCGAGACCAGAUUUAUGAUGAGAAACAGAAUCUUGUGAUUAUCAAAGUGGUUUGCUGUAAUCCUGAGAAGCUUAGAGAUAAAAUUUGUUGUAAGGGCUGUGGUGUUAUUAAGAGCAUUGAAAUCAAGCCCGCCGAUCCUCCUCCGCCCAAAAAGCCCGAUCCUCCUCCGCCCAAAAAAGCCGAUCCUCCUCCCCCGGCUAAGCCUGACCCUCCUCCCCCUAAAAAAGCCGACCCACCACCGCCCAAGGCCGACCCUCCGCCACCGAAAAAGGCCGACCCACCGCCUCCCAAGGCCGACCCUCCGCCACCGAAAAAGGCCGACCCACCGCCUCCCAAGGCCGACCCUCCCCCACCCAAAAAGGCCGACCCACCACCGCCCAAGGCCGACCCUCCGCCACCGAAAAAGGCCGACCCACCGCCUCCCAAGGCCGACCCUCCGCCACCGAAAAAGGCCGACCCACCGCCUCCCAAGGCCGACCCUCCCCCACCCAAAAAGGCCGACCCUCCCCCACCCAAAAAGGCCGACCCACCGCCGCCCAAAAAGGCCGACCCACCCCCGGCACCCAAGGCCGACCCACCGCCUCCGAAAAAGGUAGACCCUGUGCCACCGGCUCAACCCGAACCGUUCCCGGUUAACAUAUGCGUGCCGGUUCCCGGAUACCCACCGGCUUACCCGAUUGGGAUGUGCUGUAGUCAGUGCUAUGAAGGGCAGGGUGGGGGCCCAUGUUACAGUGGGUUUGGUAGGCCCGGCCCAUGUUGCGAUGGGUGCGCUUCUGGAAGGCCCAUUUACGACAGUUACGGCGGAGGGAGGCCCUGUUAUGUUAGCCACUGUGAAUACCUCAACGAAGAAAAUGCAUCCGGGUGCAGUGUUAUGUGAGAUACGUGGCAGCUUGUGAAUGGUGGUGAUUAAUGCUCUCACGGUCAUGAUAAUAAGGAAGUUGGAGCUGAAUUGCACUUAAUGUUAAAUGUUGAUUAUUGGGUUUUGUAUAAUAAUUCAAGUUCUUGUCAAAUAUAAGCGUUGGGAUUUAUGAUCAAUUUAAUUUUAAUAAAGUGAAUUAUCAUCGAGUCAGCUCGUUAGGUUGACUCCCAAGUGUUCGGAUCGA